GGACGCCAAAUAUUUCAGUUUCACAUAUGCACAUGCAUUCUCUCUCUCUCUCUCCACAAUCUCACCUCGCGUGUCAGAAUAACUCGUGACUCACUCAGUCGCCACAACACAAACAUGGUAAUAAAAUAAUAAAAUACUAUACAUAUAUAUAUAUAUACCCACCAUCGAAAAAUCAGAACAGAACCCAACCAAAGCAGCUAUGGCGGCGAUGCAGAGGCCACUCAAGAGAACCAUUGCAAUCGCCAAGCAACGCGCGUGCUUUUCCUCUCUCCUACCCUCCGCCGCUGCCGCCGCCGCCGCCGAUACCGUCGCGCCUCCGCAGCUCCCCCCGUUCGAUCACCAGCCGCACCCUUACAACGGUCCCUCCGCCGAUGAAGUCUUCGCCAAGCGCAAAACGUUCCUCGGUCCUUCCGUCUUCCACUACUAUAAGAAACCUCUGAAUAUCGUGGAAGGGAAGAUGCAAUAUCUUUAUGAUGAUAGUGGGAGGCGUUACCUUGAUGCAUUUGCGGGAAUAGUUACUGUUUCUUGCGGACAUUGCCACCCUGAAAUUUUGAAUGCUAUCACGGAGCAGAGUAAACUUCUGCAGCAUGCUACAACCAUAUAUCUACACCAUACAAUAGGUGACUUUGCUGAGGCAUUGGCAGCAAAAAUGCCUGGAAACCUUAAGGUUGUUUAUUUUGUAAAUUCUGGUUCAGAAGCAAAUGAAUUAGCAAUGAUGAUGGCCCGUUUAUGUACUGGUAAUCUCGGUAUGAUUUCUUUGAGAAAUGCAUAUCAUGGGGGGAGUUCUAGUACACUUGGUCUGACUGCUCUGAACUCGUGGAAAUACCCAAUUCCAGAGGGCCAUGUUCAUCAUGUUAUGAAUCCAGAUCCAUAUCAUGGAGCCUUUGGUACAGAUGCUGCUAGUUAUGCAAAUGAUGUCCAAGACCAUAUUGACUACGGAACUUCGGGAAAAGUUGCUGGAUUUAUAGCCGAAUCAAUUCAGGGAGUUGGCGGAGCAGUUGAACUGGCACCAGGGUAUUUGAAACUUGUUUAUGACAUUAUACAUAAGGCUGGUGGUGUCUGCAUUGCCGAUGAAGUUCAAACUGGUUUUGGCCGAACAGGAAGCCAUUAUUGGGGAUUUGAGACACAGGGUGUCAUUCCUGAUAUAGUUACCAUGGCAAAGGGUAUUGGCAAUGGUCUGCCAUUGGGAGCUGUAGUUACAACUCCAGAAAUUGCAAGUGUGAUGGCCCAAAAGAUUCAAUUUAAUACCUUUGGUGGGAACCCUGUCUGCUCUGCUGGUGGACUUGCAGUGCUUAGGGUUCUUGAUAAGGAGAAGCGUCAAGCUCACUGUGCUGAUGUCGGAUCUUAUUUGCUUGAACGUUUGAGAUUUCUCAUGGAAAGACAUGACAUCAUAGGAAAUGUCAGGGGAAGGGGACUAAUGGUAGGCUUAGAGUUGGUUACUGACCGAACCAACAAGACACCUGCAAAGGCUGAAACUGCUGUUGUGUUUGAAAAACUCAGAGAACUCGGUGUGCUAGUUGGGAAAGGAGGACUUCAUGGCAAUGUUUUCAGGAUCAAGCCACCAAUGUGUUUCUCCAAAGAUGAUGCAGAUUUUCUUGUGGAUGCCUUGGACUAUUCUCUAUCUAAGUUGUGAGCUGAUUGUGCAUCUUGCUAGCAUGAAAUGAAAUCUUCGACAAUGGAGCCAAAUUACUACAAGCCAACAACAAAAAGCUCAUUUAGUUCAUAGAAAUCACCAUGAAUAAUGUAAUGUUCUCCCCGUUGAGAAGAGAGGGGGUUUCCCUCCCUUUUUGCUGAACAUUAUAAGUUGAAUGCUGACUAUUAUUGUAUAUAAAUUUGGGUUUCAUGACAUCAAAAAGUUGCAUUCAAUCUGCAGAGUAAUGUUUAAAUCCAUAUAGAAAGAGACUACAUUUGCAUA